CGGAGAAAAUAACGUUUUACCGGAGCAACACAAAUAUACCGUGAAGACAUACGAGAUAUCCGCAUUUAGAGGGGAACCUACAGUUUAUAAUCAAAAAAACAUACAAGACUUUCCCAAAGUCAUGGGCGAAUGCGAGCGCGUGCGGGACCGGUGAGAGAGGACACGGCGGAGAAGAGGAGAGGGAGGAUGAGGAUGCUGCUGCUGCGGUCCGCGCGGCUCAACAACAGUCUAUUACACUGCUACAGUCAAACACCACAUCUGCGCCUAAACCGGGAUCCUCUUACAGUCACGUACAUUAUAUGAUUGUCUUGCUGAAUAUGAAAGACCAGAUUUACCUGUUUGUUUAACAGUACGUGGUGAGAUUAAGGGUACAUUACCUGUGAUUUAGGCCUAGCACAAGUGAAUUGAAGGCGUGGGAUAACUUGUAUUUGACAUACACUUGGAAGGCAUUUGUAAAUGAGGUGAGCUCAUGAGGCCAGGUGGUAGAUACAUCUAGAAACAUUGGUAGCCAGUACCAUCAGGGGCUUAUUGAUACUGCACCUGGCUCUCUGGAAGGCAUGCACUGGGAAUGAAAAGUCUGAUCGAUUACUGAGGGGAUCACUUGCAUGAUGUUAUUGAGAAGGGUGACUUUGAUUGGCAAAGCACUGAAGUUGCUUCUAUGGACCUGACUCAUUGCAAUAUCUUUGCAUUCCCUAAUUUCCCUUUCAUGAUUCUGAAAGAUCUGAUAUUAAACAAUUCUCAAAGAUUUCAGAAUAAUGACUGGACCCAUAUGACCGCUGCUGAGACAGAUUAUAGGGAAUCCCAAGCUCAAUAUGGAUAGACCCCUGGGAGACUAUUUUAGAAAAUCUUAUCUCCGUAAAGAACUCCAAGGUACUCUUUGGUAAUAUUGCCUGCAGUAGCAAGUUUAUCAGGAGCCGAGCCACCACUAUGUCGUCUAAAGAACUGUCAGUGAUUCAGGCAGCUCAGUAUGUAGGGCCAUAUCGACUGGAGAAGACCCUCGGGAAAGGCCAGACAGGUCUGGUGAAGCUGGGGAUUCACUGCAUCACUGGUCAAAAAGUAGCCAUCAAAAUAGUCAACAGAGAAAAGCUCUCAGAAUCUGUGUUGAUGAAGGUGGAGAGAGAGAUUGCCAUUUUAAAACUGAUCGAGCAUCCACAUGUGUUGAAACUUCAUGAUGUUUAUGAGAACAACAAAUACCUAUAUUUGGUAUUGGAGCAUGUAUCAGGUGGAGAGCUGUUUGACUAUUUGGUGAAGAAGGGCAGACUGACGCCUAAAGAGGCGAGAAAGUUUUUUAGACAAAUCAUAUCUGCUGUGGAUUUCUGUCACAGUCACUCCAUUUGUCAUAGAGACCUGAAGCCAGAAAACCUCCUGCUGGAUGAGAGGAACAAUAUCAGAAUUGCAGACUUUGGCAUGGCAUCACUACAGAUGGGAGACAGUCUGUUAGAGACAAGCUGUGGAUCUCCACAUUAUGCUUGUCCAGAGGUUAUCAGGGGUGAGAAAUAUGAUGGACGACGGGCGGACGUGUGGAGCUGUGGAGUUAUUCUCUUCGCUUUGCUAGUGGGCGCGCUGCCCUUCGACCACGAUAACCUGCGGCAGCUGCUGGAGAAGGUGAAGAGUGGAGUGUUCCACAUGCCCCAUUUUAUCCCACCUGACUGCCAGGCUCUCUUGCAGGGAAUGAUUGAGGUCAAUCCUGAAAAGAGAAUCACGCUAGAGGCCAUUCAGAAGCAUGCCUGGUAUCAAGCUGGCCGUAAUGAGCCAUGUCCGGAGCAGCCGCUCCCAAGGCGUGUGUGCAUGGGACGGAUCAUGUCUCUCACUGAGCUGGACCCAGAUGUGUUGGACAGCAUGUAUUCUCUGGGGUGUUUCAGGGACAGGGUUAAACUCACCCAAGACCUGCAAUGUGAAGAAGAUAACCAGGAGAAGAUGAUCUAUUAUCUCUUGCUGGAUCGUAAAGUGCGCUAUCCCAGCUAUGAGGAUGAGGAUCUUCCUCCCAGAAACGAUGUUGACCCUCCACGGAAGAGGGUAGACUCACCUAUGUUAACCCGCCAUGGCCGUUGCCGACCAGAGAGAAAGAGUCUGGAGGUGUUGAGUGUAACAGAGCAGGGCUCUCCCACACCCCCACGCAGAGUUUUGGAUACCUCAUGUCACAGCCAAAGAUCUCGAUCUGUUAGUGGAGCGUCAACUGGCCUGUCUCCUAGUCCUCUGAGUAGUCCCAGGGUCACCCCUCAGGGCUCUCCCCUGCCUACCCCCCUGGGUACCCCAGUGCAUCACCCCCACCCCCCCACCGCUACCCCACCCUGUUCUUCCUCCUCUUCCCCUUCUUCUUCCCGAGCCGAGGGAGGAGGUGUGGGUGUCGGCUCACUCUCCUUGACCCCACCCUCUAGUCCAGGAGGAGGCGGGGGCAUGGCUGCCAGUAGCUCUGCCCAUUGGAAGACACGCCUCAACUCAUUGAAGAACAACCUGUUGGGGUCACCGCGAUUCCAUCGACGCAAGUUACAGGUGCCAACUUCAGAGGACAUGUCCAGUUUAACUCCAGAAUCAAGUCCAGAGCUAGCCAAGAGGUCUUGGUUUGGGAAUUUCAUCAGUCUGGAAAAAGAAGAGCAGAUAUUUGUGGUCAUCAGAGACAAACCCCUUAGUUCAAUCAAAGCUGAUAUCGUCCAUGCAUUCCUUUCUAUCCCCUCCCUCAGUCACAGCGUAAUCUCCCAGACGAGUUUUCGAGCAGAGUACAAGUCUUCUGGAGGUCCAUCUGUUUUCCAGAAACCUGUCAAAUUCCAAGUAGACAUCUCAUUCUCUGAGGGGGACAGAGAGCGGGAGAGGGAGAGAGAGAGAGAGAGGGAUGGACAGAAGGAGUUUGGAAUCUACAGUGUUACUUUUAGCCUAAUAUCAGGUCCAAGUCGCAGGUUUAGAAGAGUUGUUGAAACGAUUCAAGCCCAGUUGCUCAGUUCUCACGAUCAGCCCUUGGUACAAGCUCUUUCAGAUGAGAAGAACAUUCGCCCUCCUAGAACACCAACCAGACAAAACUCCCGCCGCUCAGAGGGCGGAAGCGAUCGCUGUGAAUGGGUGGAUCGUGGAGAGAGUGGGGUUUUACUCCAGCGCAGGGGAUCGGGCAAAGAGAGAACCCGCCUACUUUCCUCCAGUGGAACGCAAUCACAGCCUUGAAACAGCAUGAUGGUAAAAUGUGUUUUAAAGAGGAGCUUUUCGAAAGUCUAAUGAAACCAAAUAUUGAUGCCUCAUUGUGGAAGAACAUGGGAUGCAGUGAAGCCAGAAUGAUCUCCAUUAAACAUCACCACAAUCAAAAACAACAUGGACCUAUUUGGGAUCUGCCACCUCCAAACUGUCUUCUAAAAAUGGUUUCAUCAUGGACAAUGCUUAAAUUUUAUGUGGUAUUCUCUUAUGUAAUUUAGAUGUAAAGUGCAUUUGUGGAACGGAAGUUUCCAGUUGGGUGUAGCACACCAUUUCUUUUUUUUACAGGCUUGGUAUCUGUUUAAAGGUAAAGUGUGUAAUUUUUCAGAUGUUAAAAUACUUUUAUCCCUGCUUAAUAUGCAGAGACAACAAUAAGUAAUCCAUUGGCAGUGUUAUUUCCCCAAAAAGUAUAAAAACUGUGGCGCUAUCAAAACAUUGCUCUGUUUGUUUGAGUACCCUGGCCAAGCCCAACACAGCAACAUUGGCUCAAUCAAUGGCAUGAGUUUGGGGUGGGACUAUCUGUUUGUCCAGCCAAUGGAAGACUAAGAGAGUGUUCGGGAAACCCAUUUGAAAACAGUUAUUAUGUUUGGAAUUCCGUUUAUUGGCACAGAAAUUACACACUUCACCUUUAAGUAAUUGAGUAAUUAUAGCAACAGAGAUGUUAUUCCAAUUUAGCCUGAAUCCUUAUCCUUCAGCUCAAGUUAAUACCAAUGAGAUCCAGAUCCAAAAGCUAUCAACACCACCAGUCUGUUCAGACAUAUGCAAUAAAUAUCAAUAAGCUAAAAAAGGUUCAGUUUAACAAAGCUGCACAUGCUGAAUCUUUUGAAACAUGAUUACCUCCUUGAGCAGACAGACUAAUUUCAUGGCAGUAAAUAAGUAUCGUCGCUUACCAGCCCUGUGUCAUUAUUAUCUAUAUAUCUGAUUUUCACAAGAUCACACAAACUGCUAUCCUAUCUGAGGUUCCUGCUAUCCAUAUAAAUGCUGCAUGCUAAAUUCCGUCAACCCUCUCUGAAACUUUCACCCCCAAAUGACAAGAGGAGGGAUUCUGAUUGUAAAACUCUCUGUGAGUUUUAGCCCUCGUUAAGUCUGGCCGUGAUUCACCCUUUUGGCAGCUCAAAUGUAUGAGAGUGCAUCUGAACAAUGGUGGAGAAUUCUUAUGAAUUUUGACUUCAGAAUUGGCACAAAGAGUUCAAGUCUACGUAAUCUAGAUAAAUGAAAUAUCUCAAAAAUGUGAAAAGGAUAUUCAUCCCAAUCCACUAUUGCUGCAAGACUUUUGGUUGAAGCCAACCAAGUGAAUGUUAUUGAAUAUUUUAUUUGUAAGUUUUGAUUUAUCUAAAAUCAUUAAUUUAUUGGUAUAUUACUUCUGGGGAUCGGCACAGUGAAAAAGAGUGACCAGUAGCUGUACAUAUCGGUGUGUAAAAAAAAAAGAAGAAUGGAAUGUUUGUGGUCUUAAAAUAUUUGGGGGAAUACGAUUAUGACAAACCAUUUAAUCUGUUGCAUAAGCUGAUUUUCUCACAAUGAAAACUAAUAAGUUGACUUUACUUAGCCUAAUUGAUUGAGCAAACUUGUUCCCUCAGUUAAAUUGAAUAAUGGUAUCUCAAAACUUGUGUAAUUAAGUUCACUUAACUUUGUGAUCAUAUAGAAUGAACUUAACUAUUUAUGUGAAAGGGAUAGUUCACCCAAAAAUGAAAAUUGUCUCAUCAUUUACUCACCAUCAUGCCAUCCCAGAUGUGUAUGACUUAAUUUCUUCUGCUGAACACAAACAAAGAUUUUUAGAAAAUCA